AUGCAAAUGUGUUAUUUGAAGCUCUUGGGCUCACAGAAUUGCAUUGGAGAUUCUGUUUGGCUCUCACAGAAACACGUUUCGGACGUUGUUGAUGACAGCAAGGAUAACAUCACCAUUUUCACCCGCAUCCUGGACAGGCUGCUCGAUGGAUACGACAACCGCCUCAGGCCGGGGCUCGGAGACAGCGUAACUGAAGUCAAGACAGACAUUUACGUGACGAGUUUUGGCCCUGUCUCGGACACAGAUAUGGAAUACACCAUUGAUGUCUUUUUCCGACAAUCCUGGAGAGAUGAGAGGCUCAAGUUUGAYGGGCCCAUGAAGAUACUUCCCCUGAACAACCUGCUGGCCAGCAAGAUCUGGACUCCUGAUACCUUCUUCCACAACGGCAAGAAGUCUGUAGCCCAUAACAUGACAACGCCCAACAAGCUGCUGCGCCUGGUGGACAACGGCACCCUCUUGUACACCAUGAGGCUAACGAUCCAUGCAGAGUGCCCCAUGCACCUGGAGGACUUCCCAAUGGACGUGCAUGCUUGCCCGCUGAAAUUUGGGAGCUAUGCCUACACGAAGACGGAGGUGAUCUACACCUGGACGCUGGGGAAGGAUAAGUCAGUUGAAGUAGCAAAGGGUGGAUCACGGCUGAACCAGUACGACCUGCUGGGCCACGUGGUGGGCACAGAGAUGGUUCGAUCCAGCACAGGGGAAUACGUGGUCAUGACUACGCACUUCCACCUCAAGAGGAAGAUCGGCUACUUUGUGAUCCAGACGUACCUGCCCUGCAUCAUGACGGUCAUCCUGUCCCAGGUCUCCUUCUGGCUUAACAGGGAGUCUGUUCCUGCCCGAACCGUUUUCGGGGUCACCACUGUCCUCACCAUGACCACCCUAAGCAUCAGCGCAAGAAACUCCUUACCUAAGGUGGCGUACGCGACGGCCAUGGACUGGUUCAUAGCCGUCUGUUACGCCUUUGUGUUUUCUGCGCUGAUCGAAUUUGCCACCGUCAACUACUUCACCAAGCGCAGCUGGGCUUGGGAUGGCAAGAAGGUGCUGGAGGCCCAAGAGAUGAAGAAAAAAGAACCAGUGGCAUUAGCAAAGAAAACCAACAACACCUACAACAUCGUUGGUACCACGUAUGCCCUCAACAUUGCUAAGGACCCCGGCCUGCCCACCAUCUCCAAGAGUGCUGCUGCCACUGCUACUGCCACCAACGUUCCCCCCAAGAUGCCCCGCUUGGAGGAGAAGCUCCCRGAGAGUAAGAAGACAUAUAACAGUGUCAGCAAGGUAGACAAGAUGUCUCGCAUCGUCUUUCCAGUCCUCUUUGCCAUUUUCAACUUAGUCUACUGGGCCACAUACGUAAACCGGGAGUCAGCUAUCAAGGGAAUGAUCCCCAAACAAUAAAACCAGUCACACAAACCUUCCAUCAGUGAGUACCAUCCAGGCAGGAAUUCUCCAGGGCUUUCUUCUUUCCUAUUUUGUUUUAUUAUUGUUCAUUUGAUAUUAUUCUUAUUAUUACUAUUAGAUCUUUUUUUAAUGUAAACAAAACUGUGAUUUUAAUUUAAUCUCGUAUACAUAUAGUUUCUUCUUAUUCUGUCUCUAAUGAUGAAAGGAAAACAAGGAUCGUAACAAGUUGUGCCUCUAACAUCAUGAGUCUGAUGUCCCCCGUCUGUCCAGGUCUCCUUCACUUCCAUCUCUUCUCCACCUCGUGCCAUACGACCUGCCUGCAUGUCACCCAUUCCCAUUGCACGCUACACUCUGCCGAGGCCGCCUGGUGUGACUUGACUUGCCUCCCUCCUCCUCCUCUGCGAUGGACUGCCCUAGUGCGGUGGAUGUUCCUGGUGACUCAAGCUCAAGUAUGUGGAGGCCUCCAAAGUCGACUCGUUGGCUGGGUUGGUCUCCAGCAUCUGGUGCUUUGCGCAGGGUUUUCCUCCCUGGGCAGCAGCUGUGGUGGCAGGUGAGCUGGGCUGCGUUUAGGGAGCAGUGCUGCACGUGCUGGAAUGCAGCUGAGUGCCCACUGUGGGCAAUCCAGCCCUGGCAGGUGCUGCAGAGCUCUUGAAAGGGGGGAGCAGGAUGGCAGUGUCUCGCAGGCUUCCUCCUUUGUCUUCACCAAGCGUAGCUGCACAUUUUCUCCAUCUCUCCACCCAAACAGGAGCAGGUAAGGAAGGUCAUCUCUGUCUGCCAUGGUGGACUCUUGGGGCAAGUCAAGUUGGAGAAUGGGGUGAUUUCUACCAGGGGAACACUCUUCUAGGCUCAGUCAGUGAUAGACAUCAAGAGGGGAGCUUUCCCAUUCCUUGGGAGAGGAUAUAAUUGGUGAGAAUGAAUGCGUUCAGCAUAGGGCUGGAAGACAGAGCUCAUGUUCUGAUAGCAGCUUUUCGCUUUCUUUUGGCCAUAUCUGCUUGUCCUUUUUGACAUCUCUUCUCUGUGCCAAACCCCUCUUCUGCCUUCCCAUUCACCUUCCUUCCUGUGGUUGCUCAGCAGUCCUCAAUAUGAAUCUGGCCGCUUGCUGGUGCAUGUGAAGCACCAGGCCUCUGAGAUGCUCCUCGUAGCCGGGGGGACAGGGGCAACCUAGGGGCUGCUGUGCUGCCAGUAUGGAAUGAGAGAGGGAUGAUCAGUGCCCAGAGACCUGCCUGCACCCAGUGAACCCGAUGCAGCAGAGCAUCUUCCGUGCCAUGUCGUGAAAGGAGUAGGGGCUCCUUUAACUAGGAGAGUGAUUCUGCUGCACCUCAGUGCUGCGUAAGCCAAGUGCCAUCCCAAAAAGCCGAUGAGAUGCAAGUCUAGAACCUAACUCUUCCCAGAAAAGCCUUCCAGUACCCCAGGCAGGUUUUUUGUCUCCCUUCAUGGCCACGCCAUUGCUGGGGCUUGAACCAGCAGUGGGCCAGGGAUCCAGGCCGCCUGCCCUGCUGCCUCCCUUGCGGGUGCCCRGACACAGUGUCCUGCCAGAGCUGCAUCUGGCGAGUGCCCGUCCCAGCCCACCCGCAGUGCUGGUCCUGCCACGUCGCCUGUCGGAGCCUCAGGCUGCCUCAUGAGCCCUCCGGGCAUGUUCUKCGUGCGGGCAGCCAGCCUGGCACCCCAGCAUGACCCGAGUGGUGUCCAGGGUGCUGCUCUGAGCAGCCAGCUCAGUUUCACCCUUCCUGUAGGGAUGGAGGCCACCCUACCUGGGAUGGAGGGGGAGCCUUGGUGUUCCCCYCACCUGGAGCAUCCCUGGGGACAGCAGGAUGGCGCAGGGAGGCCAGGYGCUGAGUCCUCCCGUGAGGAUGAUCCUUGUGAAUGUCCUGCUGACUCUUAGCUCUGUGGCUGGCCCAGCAGCAGCGCAGCCUGCCAGCCACGAGGCACUUCCUUGCGGAAUCUCCUGCGAUGUCAUUUUCUUAAAUAGCCUACAUGAAGCGUAUCUCAUAAAACAUUCAUGUCACUGUAAUACUCAGGCCUAAGUGAAUGAAAUAGAAACCCCAUACAAGGCCAAGCAAACACAAUAAAAUGCUAACAGAGUAUAUUGUGUUUACUAACAGAAUUAUAUCAAAUGCAAGUUUGAAGAUGGGAUCCAGUGGCAGCUGACUCACGCAGGCCCCGGAGCAGAGGCGCUUUCCUAUGUUAUCCUGGGCAUCCCCAGAACCCUCCAACUCGAGGACAAGUCCUGCCAUGCAUCAUCUCGUGCCCGUGUGCCCGUAGCACUGGUGGUGUCUCUUGCUGCCUGCUUGGCAGAGCUCCCCUCACAGCUGGGCUGCCUGUCCAGCCCUGGUGUAUCCCACUCCUGGCGCUGCUUCCUGCCCAGCCRGGGCCUCCGCAGGGACAGUUUCUCCAGGUGCAGAUGCAGGGAGAGCCCUGGCACUGGGUCAUUGGGCAGUUUUGAGGAUGCAUUCCCAAGACAGCUUUGGAGUAAUCUCCUUAACCGUGGGUGAUCUUUGCUGUUCCACUUGGAGCUGUCAAGGUGAAUCUCCAACCUGUUUUUUACAUGCAUCCAUUCUCCAUGGG